AUGGAAAAAGGCGAAUUGGUAAAACGUCUAUCUCUUCUCGAAGACCAGAAGAAUCUUAUGCUGGCGUCCAUCACGAAAGCCAACAAUCUUUCCCUCUUCGACGACCACUCGUCGACAAAUUCCAAGGAAGAGGCUGAUUCUGAUUGCGACUCGGUCGAGGCGGAGAAGCUAAUUCCCUUGGAUUUGGUCAACUCGGAGGCUGUCUUGCUCGAACAUGCCGGAUUUACUGCAUUCGAGUUGAGGGUCAAUCAUUUGGAAAAGAGUGUCUGGGGCUAUGAUCCAAGUGGCAAUAAGAUGAAGAAGGAUUAUGACCAGCACAUGUCGUUGUUGACUAGAGUAGAGGAAAUUAAGAAGCAGUUGAACAACGUUGUCAGGGAUAGAGAGGGUUUGAAGGCUUUCUUAGAACAAUACGACCAGGUUGCGAAUCUAGUCUCGCCGUUCACUGACAAUAUAGCCCUAGAACGCCAAAUUCUCACACCCGAAGGCAAAGCAGAAAUAGUCGCUGCUUCGUCAGAGGAGUUGGAACGAGUUGCGAACAGUUUGAGGGAAAUUGGAGAAUUGCAGAACUUUAUUGAUGCUCCCGAGUUUAGAGGUCUGGAGAAACUAUUUCCACUUAUUACACCCAUCGAGUCUGCACACAUUGACCAAGCUGCUAAAUCUAACGAAGUAUCAGCACGUAUAACACGAUUACUGGAUAGAUAUAAUAGACUUAUUAACACACUUUCAGAGAUUUUCAUCGCCUGGGAUCAAAUGCUAACAACCAUUGAUGUACACAUAUCCGCUCUAGAAAGAAAAGCACGGCAAUAA